AUGGCAGCUAAAGCUCCAGACAGGCGGCGAAAUAACCCGCCUUCGCAUGGAACUACACCGCCGGUCUUUCUAUCUUCGUCUUCAUCGGGGGCUGUAAAACCGAAACAGUCAUCGAGGUCGCCUGAUGAAAUCCGCAAGAUCUUCCUGCGAACUGGUCUCAUUUCCUCGGUCACUGGUUCUUCUUUCCUCGAAAUCGCGCCUCUCAAACUUUCAGUUUCCGUUUUGGGACCCCGCCCGCUACCAAGGACUUCAUCGACACCAUUCGCCGCCCAAGCAAUCCUAACCACCGAAGUGAAAUUCGCACCCUUCGCGUCCACAGUUCGCAGAGGGUAUAUCCGUGACUCCUCAGAACGAGACCUGGGAAGUAGGCUAUACCAGGCUCUCGUGGGGGCAAUAAGACGGGAACUUUAUCCUAAAAGUAGGAUUGAAGUUGUAGUCACAAUACUAGACUCUGAAGACGAAGGCGAUGAUGUUAAUACCGUAUACAUUGAAGAAGGGAAGACAACUGUUGAAACGAAGUUUUGGGAUGCAGGAAGGUCGGAGAGGGCGUUGGGAGUUGUGCUGGCUGGGUGUAUCACCGCAGCUUCCGCAGCUUUAGCAGAUGCAGGGAUAGAAAUGUUUGAUUUAGUCAGCGGUGGGGUCGCGACUUCAUUCGUGGACGAAGUUAAUUCGAAGGGCAAAGAUAAAGGGGACGCCGUUAGCAAUAAGCUAUACGUGCGAGACCCAGCCAUUGCACUGCCAGAGGGAAAGACCCCGUUAGCCACUUGUGUUUUGGGUUAUAUGGCGGCAAGGGAUGAGAUCAGUGAGCUAUGGAUAUCGGGGAAAGUAGGGACAAAGAAUGGAACGACAGAGAUGGAUGAGCUAGUAGAUGAAGCUAUAGCUGCUGCGAGAUCAGCAAGAGGGGUGCUGAACGAAGCAGCCAAAGAGAGAGUGCAGUUCAUAGUUGAUAAGACUGGAACAGCAGUCCCCUCGAAGGGUGAAACCACGGACGUUGAGAUGUCCGGAUGA